UACAAAAGCGCAACAUCAGUACUAUUUUUUUACUGCAAUUUAUUGUGUGUCUAUAGGCGCAAAAAUAGUAAAUUCUGCUCUGAAAAUACACAUGAAAUAUAAAAAAUUCAAAUAUAUUAAUAUUAUGUCAAAACGAAACUUAUUAUUAAAUUAAUGAACUAAAAGUGUGGAGAAAAACAUAAAUAUUUUUUAUUGUUUGUACUAACAAAUAAAUUAUUUUUUUAAGAGAUCUAUCUAAUACAUACACCCUUCUGGCAAAUAUCCGUGAACGAUGUCGGCUGUGCCAAGAUAAAGUAAGAGCUUGAUAAACUUUAAUAUCGUGGGUCACGGUACUGACAAUUGAUCAGAGAUUUUUUUCAAUGCAAUCCGGCAACAUCGGUUCGGUUCAUGCUUACAAAACUUAUGAAACUGGAAACUGCAAUUUCAAAUGUUCGCGCUUAGCUCUGUGGUAUAGGUGAAUAGUGAUAAAUAGUGAAAAAAUAGUGACUAAAAGGGAAAGUAACUUAAAAAAAACUAUAAACAAAAACUGUAAUUCCCGAAUGUUAAAAAAUGGACGGGGCUCAUGAUUUGGAUUCUCUAAUGGGUCUUUUAGGGGACUUCGGAAAAUAUCAAGCAUGGCAGUACAGUUUACAUAUACUUUCGGCAUUGACAGCUGGUAUAAACAUGAUGUCUUUGGUAACAGUUGCGGCUGUUCCAGAUCAUAGAUGUAAAAUUCCAGGCUACGAUAUAAAUGAUACGUACACCAAACUAAACAAUACAAUUUCAUCAAGAUAUUACAAUAAACUCGAUUCGGGAAAGUAUGAUGUAUGCAGUUGGAUGAACACAACAACACAAUCAGUCUCUAAAUGUGACUCGUUUCUAUGGGAUCACACGUAUUUUAAUUCUUCAAGAGCCAUUGAAUGGCAAUUUGUCUGUGAUAGAAGGUGGAUGGCUGCUGUAGCACAAUCAGUCUACAUGAUGGGAGUAUUCACAGGUGCUGUAAUAUUAGGAAAAAUGGCUGAUAAAUAUGGCAGGAAACCUAUAUUCUGUUGGUCAGCCGUGCUGCAAUUGGUGCUAGGUGUUGGGGUGGCUUUCACUCCGGAAUAUUUGUCCUUCCUAAUGUUUAGAUUUUUUUAUGGCAUUUUCGGAUCGGCAGGCAGCUACAUACCCGGUUUUGUACUUUCGAUGGAAUUAGUGGGUCCCAGUAAACGAUCUAUGUGCGGGGUGGCUUUUCAAGGGGUGUUUGCCAUGGGUAUUAUGUUGGUAGCAGCUUGGGCUAGCGUAAUUAAAGACAGACAGAUAUUACAAGUAGUAUACGGAUGUCAUUCUCUACUACUCAUUGGACAUAUAUGGCUUAUGGACGAAUCUCCAAGAUGGUUAUGGAGCAAUGGAAGAAUAAGAGAAUCAGUGACGAUAGUACAAAAAGCCCUAAAAAUGAACGGCAAACAUCUAAAUUUGGACACGGCGGAAUUCGUGAGCCAAGGUAUGGUAGGAGCGAAAGCAAAACAAGAUUCCGCUGAAAUGGCAGAUUUAUUCAGAACUCCUAAUCUAAGAAAGAAAACCCUGAAUGUCAUGUUGGCUUGGUUUGCCAAUGCAUUGGUAUACUACGGUUUGUCGCUUGGUACAAACUCUUUAGAAGGCAAUCCUUUCUUGAAUAUGUUCAUAAUGGCUGUAGUGGAAUUGCCAAGUUAUGUAGUAACUGUAUAUUUGAUGGAUAAAUGGGGCAGAAGAUCUCUCACAGCAUUAGAAAUGAUCGGAGGAGGCAUAUGCUGCAUUGUAGCAGCUAAUGUAGUCCAAGUAUCAGCUUCCAUGUCGUUCAUGUUCAUCGGAAAAUUCCUAAUAGCUAGUUCGUUCGCAAUAAUAUAUAAUUUCUCUGCAGAACUUUUCCCAACCGUAAUUCGAAGCUUUGCGAUGGGAUUAGGAGCCAUGUGUGCCAGAAGUGCCGGUGCUAUGACCCCGUUGAUAUCUCUUUUGGACUCUUUCGAUCCGAAAAUUCCGUCUAUAAUAUUUGCUGUGAUAUCAAUUGUAUCGGGAACGUGCGUUAUGUUUCUCCCGGAAACAUUGGACAAACCUUUACCUCAAACCAUACAAGAAGGAGAAACGUUCGGCGUUGGAGAUACGAUGUUCACAUCGCUUUGUAGAAAAGGAGUAAUCGAAGAACAUACUUCUAGAUCCAAAAAGACUGAUGCCGAACAAAUGCGACCUCUUAAAUAAAAUUUAUUGGCAGUAAUUUAUUAAAAUUCGUGAUUUAAAUAACCAGCGGUGCAUUCUUAUUUCUGCCUAUAUUAGGCAUUUUGAUCUUUUUAGUUGUCAUUAUUUUUUACACGUUGUUUCAUUACCUCACUUCAAGAUUCCUGCCUGAUGUUGCAUUGAUAAGAUUUAUUACAUUAUUUUGUAAUAUUGUUGAAUAAAAUAAUUUUGAG